GACUCUUCGGCCACUCGGGAGAUGAAGACCUUCUCACUUCUACUCGCCAUUCAGCAGCGGCAAGACGAGUUUAUCACUAUGCAGGCUCCAUGGGAGCCCUCGGACGAACUAAUUGCCAACAUCCAAAACUACACAAUGGGCAUGUUACUUUCCAGCCGGCUCGCAACAUACAAGGGUGUCGUGCCCAACAACUAUGUUGCGGGCAUCCUCAAACGCUAUCGGUUCGACUUGCCAGCAGAUAUCGAGCGCAACCAUGGCCACUGGUCCAAGGUGAUUAAGGCCAUCCAGAAUGAAAUGACCGAGCAACGGGCGAAGAUCAAAAAGACACUCCGUGCUGGCACUGACGGUGAUGACCAUCAGGAACACCUCAACAUCUUCAAGCUCACUGUUGAACUCUGCGAGGGCACGUCAUGCAAGCCGUCUGUUCAGCUCUGCGCAAGAGUGGCACUCCUACGGAAGACAUUCUUGACGAAUCCCAACCGUGACUUCUGGGAUGCAGCCAACAAGAACCUUGCAGAGAUUCGCAACGUGGCCGGCAGCAAUCCCAAGAAGAUGACCAAGAUUUUUAGCAAGAUCUUAGUGAAUGAUCGGGCUACUCACGGUGUCACUGAGGAGGGUGAAGAUAGCGACAUUCAGGAACAAGUUCCGGAGUGGCAGCAGGCUGUCGAUGAAUUUGUCGGUGGUCAAGUUUAG